GAUGACGACUCGACCAGCGAAGUGGACCGCCUUUCCUUCCCGCACCGGCCUGCACAAAAGUCCUUCACUCUUCCAGCGUCACUCCUCCGCCUUCACAGAUCUGCACAAAAAAUUGGCUGCUUUUCACGGCAGACGAACAGCGACGAGAUUGAGAGAGAAAGAGAGAUGGUUAACUAUGGUGGAGAGGCGGAGAUGCACAGAUCUGAUGAGGAUCUGAUCUAUGGCGGCGAGCAAGAUGCGGUCGUUCCGGCGAGUGAGACGAGGAAGGUAGCAGGAGAGUGAGAGGGCGAGAGAGACAACGAGGGGAGAAGGAGACGCAGAGGGCGAGAGAGACGACGAGGGAAGAAGGAUAGAAACAUUUUUCCGGAAACAAAAUUCCGAUUUCCACGUUAACGGUAAUGCCCCACCUCUCUUUUCUGAGUCUCCGAGUGCUCCGCCCCACCUCUCUUUUUUGAGUCUCCGAGAGCUCCGCCCCCACCUCUCUUUUUUGGCGCUCCGUGUUAUCAAUCGCCACAUUCACAAGCUGUCUUCCACUCCCGACGGAGUGAGAAGACGCACCGGGCGACCGUCGGGCAGGCGAAGUUCCGUUCCUCCCCACCCACUUUCUCCGGUGAUGGUCGAAUUCUGGAGGGCAUUGGCCUUCUCCUAGGCCCCCAUAAAAAAAAGACGCUCACCCUUCUUCCCAUCUCUCUCCCCUUCAUAAAAGGACGAGUCCUGCCCUGUUGGGAAUAGAGAAGCCGGUCGAUCGUGGCCUUGGGAUGACGCAGCUGGCGCGCCGGCCGACCGACCGGCGGCAGCCGUUGUUAAAGAAAGAGCCGCCGAUGUGCGCUCAUUUCGCGGAGGUUGCCGGCGGAACCACCGCCGAGUGCGCGGCCGUCUGCUGCUGCUGCCCAUGUGGUCUCGUCAACCUUUUGGUACUCACCGUGGUUAGGCUGCCGGCUGGUUUGUGUAGGAAGGCCCUCAAGAAGAAGAAAAAACGGCGUGUAGCUGGCAAGAAGAAGAUGGCGCUCCUGCAUGAGCGAAAGCGAGAGGAUACGAGGCUCUCGCAGGUCCACCCCGCGCCGCCCGACUCCGCCGCCGCUCCGGGCGCGUGUCUCGACCAAUUGCCGAAGGCGGACACGUGUCUCGACCAAUUGCCAAAGGCGGAGGCGUUUCUCGACGAAUUGCCGAAGACGGAGGCGUCUCCGAUAGACGAUGAGGAGUGGGUUAAGCUCUAUACGGGCUUCUGGAGGAACCCCUCCGAGAGAGAGUGAUCAUCUUUCCCUCUUUCCAUUUCAAAGUUUUCAUCCAUUUCCCUCACUAUUUUGUGAUGGUGGUUGUGGUGAAAAUCGCUUCCCUCCUCCGUCUGCAUCUUUGUUCAUUCUCUUCCCGCAGAAGACGAAAAUGGAACGACCAAAACUGAAAGCUGAUGACUGUUGAUUGAUUAUUCACAAGGUUUAAAUCUUCCUUCUUGUCCCGUUUAACAAUGAGUAUCAAGCAACAAUAAAUUUCAUCUUCAAUUAUAUUAUAAAUAAUCAUCACCAUUGUGAAUAAUCAA